UAGCUCCAAUCCUGAUGAGACCCAGAAUUUCAUUUCACGCUCAGUCAUCAUCUAGUAUGAAUAAUAACAGCCUGUCAAACUACAAAUAUCUCAGAUAGCCUCAUUCGUAAUACAUGCUUCUCUCUUUGAAUGUAGGUGAGCUGUCUUAACAGUAACAAUUAAAUUCCCCCCCAAAAGUGAAUAUAAACUGAAUAGAGGUCUUAAGUUCCCCGUGAUAGGAUUGAUUUUUGGAUCGAUGUUUUUAGAUUUUAUGAACAAGAUGAUUCAUUUUACCCAAAUCUCUUCUGAGUUACUAACUGAGAAAAUAGGGUAACUGCAGAUGAACCUGGGUCUAUCAUACUUAAUUUACGCAAAUAUUAAGAAAUUUGUAGUCAGACUGCAUAGUCGAUAGUCUAUGAUGACUAGAGUAGUAAACUACAUUUGUUAUCCGACAGAUAACUAGGCAUGCGAAGUCAUAAACCACAUACAUAGAUCUACCUGUCUCAUCAGCCGCACAAAAGUAACCGAAGCAAUGAACUACUAAAUUUUUUUCAUGAUAGAGCAUUUCUGCAUGAGGUGGAUUUCAAAAAGAAUCUGCACAUACUGUCCGAGAAGUAAAUGAUCAAUUCACAGGAUUCUGAUAUGCUGACCAUUACUCCAAACCAGUGAAACAGCUGCCCGUCGUUCAGGCUAAUCCAAUAUGAUACGCGAAACCAGUAGACCAACGUAAAAGACCCUUAAAUUUUCAUUUCGUUCUUUUUUCAAUCUUAAUAAAUCUGAAAGAAAUAAGUAAUUCUGGAAUUUGUGUGGCUAACUGUUUUGAGAGUCUUUGCUUACAGUUUACUGUUAAAUGGCACUAGUUAUUCAGAAUACAAAUAGGUUUAUCACCUAGGUAUAAGCAGAAGUUUUCAGCCGAUCAGUAAUUUCGUUUGUUUAGUACACACUAAAUGCUACGUCAUAUCAUCAAUUUUCAUAAAAUAUACACGCAAUGGCUACUGUAUAUAAUGAAGCAACAACGUAACAGGCUUAGGUGACCUUGAAAUUCCUGUUUGAAUUCUAUGCCCGCCAAAUUACUAGCUACAGAUAGUAUUUUAUAUCCAGGAUAACUAAAAUGCAUUUUAAAAUUAAUUAUGUCGGAUAAACACUAUCCUUUUUACGUUAAAAUGUCCAAUUCCUAGGUCAAAUAAAAGUGUGUUACGUUUCACUGUAAAAUGUUUUAUUUUCGAAUUAAUUUUCGGAGACUAAUAUAUUUUUAUCAUUCUUUACUUCCUACGUUUUUUUCUAGUUUGCCCCCAUUACCUAGACCAGUGUCAUUUCCACUAGUUGAAUCAAUAUCACAACCAACUAAACGGUUACAUUAUUCCAAAUCGUUACAUAAUUUUAGCAAUACUUUUGAUACUACUUACAACAGCCAAUCAGUAGUUCUAGAAAGUAUACACAAGUCUCAUGCGCUACAUUAUUCUUGGCCAUUAUUAAAGCAUUUGAAAAAUCAUAAUUCUGUAGUCAAUUUAUGUAAAAUGAGGAAUAUUCAACGUGUCACUUCUGAUUGCCAAAAAUCCCAAUAUACAUUACAACCAACAGCAGAGACUAAUAAUGGUAUAAAAGAGAAACUUGAAACUGAACAUAACACAACAUUGUCUACUGAGAAUCAAAACACUUCACUAGCAAAUGAGAAUGAAAUGGCUUUCGUCUGUGAUAAUGAGAAAAAAGAAGAUGAUACUCCUACUUCUCAUUAUUUGGAAAUGAAUUUAAAUGAAAGUGAACUGGAACAAGAUAAUCGAUUGGUAGUUUUAAGAAAUCAAUCUUUAUUGAAUAAACGAAUAAAAGCAUUCUCAGCCUGUUCUCCACCAGAUAUUAUGUUAUCAAAUUCAUCGACUGAAAUGUCAGUGAAAAUAUUCCCAAAUUUUACUCAGUCUUCAUCAUCAACAUCAAUGAAAGAAAGAAUUAUCAGUAAUCGAGAUAAUAAUGAUAUAUUUGCUAAUUUAUUCUUUGAAAAACUUUCAUCUGCACAACCGAUAAAAUCUUCUGUUUAUUGUUCUACAUCUUCAUAUCAUGCUAACAAGCAUGAUAAGUGUACAAAAAAACCUUUAUCAUAUGUAUCUUUACAGAAUUCACUUCAAUCUUCUUCCCUUUUCUCUUCUUCUUGUCAAUCUACUUCAACAAGGUCUCGUAACAGUCUAUUUAAUAAUGCCUACAGUAGUAUUGGUGCUGAUGUGACUGGUAAUAAUUGCUACGGUACCACCAGUAGUAGUUGUAGUAUUUUGCCCAUGACAUCAGCAGUGUUCAGUGGAUCCACCUUAUUCAAUGCCAAUUGUAGUAGUAUUAAUAGACCGCGUACAUCAAGUGAUGUAAGCAAUAUGCGCCGAUCGGGCUUCUGUUAUUCUGGAAGUAUUACACAGCAAUCACAAGUGAAACAAAAUCAACCUCCAGAUAACCAUUCAUACCAGAAUCGAUAUUUCCAUACAUCAAAUACAAUCGGUUGUCAACUGGCACCGAAUAGUUUUUCGAGUCUAAAAUUAUGUAGAGACUUAACAAGUAUCACUGAAUCUCAGGAAACUGUGAAUCCAGUCAGUAGACCACGUGCAGCUACAGUCGGUUGCAAUUUACUGUUUGGCAGACAACGAUUAUCAGCAGCAUUGAAUCACAUAAAAUUGAAUUGGUCUAAAAAACAAUCAACCAGUCAACAGAAAUGUUCAAUUCACUCUAAAAAUAUCUCUUCAGAUAGUUUAACUACUCAUAAUAACAAAAGUAGUAUACAUAGAAAAUCGGAAAUAUCACGAACUAAACAUUUGCAUAUGAAACAAGUUGAAAAAGAACAUGAUGAUGAAUACGUUGAAACAUUUGAAAUGGAUAUGAAUCUUUUUCCUGAUAAUUUAGAACACUUAACCUGCAGAACAGAAGCAAUUCCAGAUCUAUCAAAUCAUUAUGUGAUCUUAUGAAUGGUAGAAGAAGAAAAAGAAGUGAUUAGUAGAAUGAACAGAAUAUAUUUUCACUUUUCUCAGGUUCACAAAAUAAAUAUUCACAGGGAAUUUCGAGCAUUUAUCUUUUACUUUAUAUGUUGGAAGCUUUUCGUUAUCUCGUCGAUCACCGGUGAAGUAUGUCUUAAGGCUUUAAACUAUUCAUUAUAUCAUGUCAGUCAAAAGCGAAGCUUAUUCACCAAGUGAAAACAAUUCCAUUCCACAUAAAGAAGAGUAUAGUGUUUCAUUUUUAAUUCAAACUGUUCCUGUAAAUAUUAUUACUUUUAUAAGCAUUGUACAAUCGAAGAAAUAGAGAUAUUUGUUGAAGUUUCCUUUGUGAAUUAUUCUUAUUGGUUCGUUUUAUGUUCAUGAAUUUCAUGAAUUACGUAGUGGGAUUAAAUCCUUAAAAUUAAUCAUUCCCAACUUGUUUAGAAUUGGACAUGAAGUACCUCAAUAAAUGAACUGUGAAAUGUUGAAUACCUCUCUCUCUCUCUCUCUCUCUCUCUCUCUCU